UUGAUUCUUCAAUUAAAUUUUUAUUAUUAAGUACGUAAAAAAUGUAGCAAGAGGAAUCAUUUGCAGAAAUUUAAAUAAAUACGUACAUACAAUUCAAGUAAACUUCUCAUGUAUAGUUGGUGAACGUGAUUUAUUUUGCUCUCUUGAUGAAAUUUGAAGAGAAUCUCAUUAAAAUUUUCAAGUUUUGUUACAUAUUAAAAAGUUGUUCACACUUAUCAAAAGGAUUGAUUAACUUGAAAUUUUGUUAAGCGUUUAAUGGCUUUUGAUGGAGAUGGCGGACGAUUUACAAAGUAUUCCGCGAUUAGAAAUGUUAUGCAAACAAAUGUACGAGUCAAGGGAUCCGAAUUUGUGUGUAGAAGCCGAAAAAGCAUUGGUAUCAUUUCAAAAUAGUAAUACUCCUGACACAUUAUCUAAAUGUCAAAUGCUUUUGGAGCGAGCUGAUUCUCAUUACUCCCAAUUAUUGGCUACUACAACCAUAACUAAACUUCUAUCCCGUACCCCUUUGACAUUAAACCUUGAUCAAAGAAUUCAAAUAAGAAAUUACAUUUUGAAUUAUUUGGCGACUCGUCCUAAAUUACCAUCAUUUGUUGUACAAGCGUUAGUACUACUGUUUGCUAAAAUUACAAAGCAAGGAUGGUUUGACGGAGAAAAGGAUUCAUAUGCAUUUAGAAAUGUCGUAUCAGAUAUUUCAGUAUUUUUGCAGGGAAUGAAUGUAGAACAUUGUAUGAUUGGAGUCCAACUGUUAUCUCAAUUGACAAAUGAAAUGAAUACAGUUACUGAUGUUGAGUCUCACAGAGCUGUGUUGAAACAUCGUAAAGUAGCAUCAUCUUUUAGAGAUACACAAUUAUUUGAAAUUUUUCGUAUGUCUUGUCAAAUGCUAAGAAGUGCCAAUGACAACAGAAAAAACUUAAAUUUUACAGAUGAAACACAGCAUGGCUUUAUGUCUCGGUGUCUGCAGUUAGCACAAAACUGUUUGACUUAUGAUUUUAUUGGAACAACUUGUGAUGAAUCAUCUGAUGAUAUUUGUACUGUACAAAUACCUACUGGCUGGCGACCAGCAUUUCUCGAGCAAUCUACUCUAACAUUGUUUUUCGAUCUCUACCAUUCUCUGCCUCAUAGUCUUUCAAGCCUAGCUUUAUCUUGUUUAGUACAACUAGCUUCUGUUCGACGUUCCUUAUUUAGUACAACUGAAAGAGCUAAAUUUUUAUCACAUUUAGUAAAUGGUGUCAAAGAUAUUCUACUUAAUCCUCAGGGUUUAGCCGAUUCAAAUAACUAUCAUGAAUUUUGCCGUUUACUAGCAAGAUUAAAAUCAAAUUAUCAGCUUGGUGAACUUGUUAUGGUUGACAGUUAUCAAGAAACCGUAGGCCUUAUUGCAAAAUUUACUGUAGAAAGUUUACAGGUGUAUCAGUGUGCUCCAAACAGUUUCCACUAUUUACUAAGUUUUUGGCAACGUAUGGUUGCUUCUGUUCCAUAUGUAAAAGCUGCAGAACCUCAUUUAUUGGAAACUUACACUCCAGAAGUUACCAAGGCCUACAUAUCUUCAAGGAUUGAGAGUGUAACACCUAUUGUAAGAGAUGGACUUGAUGAUCCAUUAGACGAUUUUACAAACGUUCAGCAGCAGCUUGAACAGCUGUCUGUGAUUGGAAGGUGUCAUUAUCAAAAGACAUGUUCAUUGAUUGCUCAGUUAUUUGAUCAGUCAGCUACUAGCUAUCAAGAAAUAAUUGCAUCACCUUCUGCUUCUAUAUAUGACCUGAAAAUUCAAGAAGGUCGGUUGACAUGGCUUGUGUAUUUAAUUGGAGCUGCAAUUGGUGGGCGAGUUACUUUUAAUAGCAACGACGAUGGUGAUGCCAUGGACGGGGAAAUGGCUUGUAAAGUUUUACAAUUAAUGACAUUCAGUGAUUCAAGACUUCCCCAGGGAGGCUAUGAGAAAUUGGAGCACUCGUUUUUAUUUUUCUUUGAACAGUUUCGUAAAAUAUACAUAGGCGAUCAAGUCCCAAAAAAUUCAAAAGUUUACCGACGAUUACAUGAUGUUUUGGGUAUUAGUGAAGAGCACAUGGUUCUCAGUAUUUUUAUGAGGAAAAUAAUAACCAAUUUGAAAUUUUGGUGCUCCAGUAAUACAGUAAUUCAAAAAACAUUAGCUUUGUUAAAUGAUCUAUCGGUAGGCUUUUCCAGUGUUAGGAAACUAGUAAAACUAGAUGAAAUUCAGUUCCUAUUAAACAAUCAUACGAGUGAACAUUUUCCUUUAUUGGGCAAUACAUUCAGUGUCAAAGACAUGAGACAUAGAUCAUCAUUUUAUACUUCAUUGGGUCGACUCUUAAUGAUUGACUUAUUGGAAGAUGAAGAUAAAUUUGAUAAUUUCAUGAUUCCUCUAACAGCAUCAGUUGAGUCAAUAGGAGCACUACUAGCAACUGUAAAUGGUGUGAAUGAGAAUUCAGUGUAUUCGAACAUUGAAGCAAAAAAAGCUCUGAUUGGCCUAAUUAGAGAUCUCAGGGGCUUAGCUUUCUCAUUCAAUACCAAGACAUCGUUUAUGCUUUUAUUUGAAUGGCUUUAUCCAUCGUACACCCCAAUUUUGUUGCGUGCAAUGGAGUUGUGGUAUGCAGAUCCUGAAAUAACAACACCUUUGCUUAAGCUUUACGCAGAACUUGCUUUAAACCGCUCGCAAAGACUUCAGGUAGAUGUUUCUUCUCCCAAUGGAAUUUUACUUUUCCGUGAAGCUAGUAAAAUUGUUUGUACUUAUGGGAAUAAUAUAUUAAAUCUGGACGUUCAACAAGAUAUGCUGUAUAAAAAAAAAUUAAAGGGAAUAUCAAUAUGUUUCUCUAUGCUAAAAGCGGCAUUAUGUGGUAAUUAUGUCAAUUUUGGCGUAUUUAAACUGUAUGGAGACGACACAUUAGAAAAUGCACUCAACAUAUUUGUUAAAUUAUUGUUGUCUAUUCCUCUAACUGAUCUUAUGCAUUACCCUAAACUAUCCCAAACAUAUUAUGGUCUACUUGAGUGUUUAGCUCAAGAUCAUAUGGAGUUUUUAUCGACGUUAGAACCUCAAGUAUUCUUAUACAUAUUGUCUUCUAUAUCAGAAGGCCUCAAUGCAUUAGGUGAGUAUAUUAAGUACAUUUUAACCUUGAAUCGUUUGAACUGUUUUACUAAUUCUUGUGUGUUGGGUUUUCUAGAUAUGUCUAUUUGUACAGGUUGCUGUACUACUCUUGAUCACAUUGUUACAUAUGUAUUUAAACAAUUGUUACUGGAAGGUAAAAAAGUUCAAAGAAGAAGAAUGCAACAAGUGAAUGAAGUAUUUUUACGUACUUUAGAAACACAUUUAGGUGUAUUUAGGCAGAUAUUACAAACUGUUCUUAAUAUAAUCAUAUUUGAAGAAUGUAGAAACCAGUGGUCUAUGUCCAGACCACUUUUAGGGCUUAUACUCCUAAAUGAAGAGUAUUUUAAUCAACUAAGGGAUGUUAUAUUACAAAGUCAGCCAGUUGAUAAACAACCCGCUAUGGCACAAUGGUUUGAAAUGCUAAUGGAAGGAGUUGAAAGAAACUUGGCUAGUAGAAAUCGUGAAAGGUUUACUCAAAAUUUAUCAUCGUUCAAAAAAGAAUUAACUGAAAAAGGUACAACAAUAUCAAUGAAUCCUGUUAAUAAUGAAGUAAUGAUAACAACUUAGUAUAAUAAUUAAUAUGCUUACAAAUAAAUAAUUUGAAGUAAAUUAAAUGUAUUGUUUUAAA